AUGUGGCUUUCACCACCGCGGCGAAGGAUGGGCCCUCUCUUCUCCAUCACCUGCGUCAUCCUGCUCUCCGUCCGCGCCGUCGCUCCAGCCUCGGUCAGCCCGGAGGACUACCCCGCGGACGAGGCGGAGCGCGCCGCCGGCGACGGCAUCGUGUUCGACGACUACCGCGGGAAGGGCUGCGUGGACGACAGCGGAUUUGUGUACAAGCUGGGGGAGCAGUUCUUCCCGGGACACUCGAACUGCCCGUGCGUGUGCACGGAGGACGGGCCCGUGUGCGACCAGCCCGAGUGUCCGAAGAUCCACCCCAAGUGCACUAAAGUGGAGCACAAUGGAUGUUGCCCCGAGUGCAAGGAGGUUAAAAACUUUUGCGAGUACCGGGGGAAGACUUAUAAAAUUUUGGAGGAAUUCAAGCCCUCCCCAUGUGAAUGGUGCCGCUGUGAGCCAAAUAAUGAGGUGCACUGUGUGGUGUCGGACUGUGCUGUUCCCGAGUGCGUCAACCCCGUUUAUGAGCCAGAGCAGUGCUGUCCCAUCUGUAAAAAUGGUCCAAAUUGCUUCGCUGGAACGACGAUCAUCCCAGCCGGAAUCGAAGUGAAGGUGGACGACUGCACCAUCUGCCGCUGCCACAACGGGGACUGGUGGAAGCCUGCGCAGUGCUUGCGGCGCGAGUGCCUCAACGGCCAAUCGUUGUCAUAG